AGCAGCGGCAGUGCGCCCUCAUUUACGACGCGCGCGCAGUCAUCCACCCAGUCUCCUCUCCUCCUCUCCCCGGCUCCCCACGACGGGAAAACGCGGGCGGCUAGCGCGGGCAUGGCGCGGCCCGCGCUCGUGCCGUUCCCCGUCGUCCUCGUCGCUUUCGUUCUCUCCGUCGGGACCCCUGCGCUGGCUCGGAGCCCGUCAUGCCCUGUGGGUUGGCAAAUCAGCCUUGUUCAGAACAAAUGUUUCAUGUACAUAUCGGCCUCCCUUUCUUGGGAGAGAUCUGAGGCUCUCUGCCGUAACCACACGGGGCAUCUGGCUGCUUUAUCAUCAGUUCAGGAGCUAAACUUCACAAAGUCUCUCUGCGGGUCAACCUCAGGAUGCUGGGUUGGAGGGCAUCACUACAACACUAGUACUGGUAAUGGUUGGAAAUGGUCCGAUGAUUCAUCUGUUGGGAAUGAGUCCCUCUUUCCUGUUGAGCCAUUGCAUGCAAACUGCAGUGGUACUGCAUGCGAUGGAACCACCAGCAAUGACCUGUGCACUUUGGUUACCAAUAGCCAUGCUUCAAUUUCUGGAAAAAGGUGCAGCGAGUCCCAUGGUCUGAUUUGUAUGAUGGAUCAUGUAGACAGAUGCUACCAUGAUCACUGCCACAAGGAGUAUUUCAUAGCCCUCAUUGCUGUGAGUGGUUUCAUUCUGGCAACCACUUUAGCUGUUGUGGUUUGGCUGCUUGUCUACAGGCGAAGCAAGAAAAGAAGAAGAUCACGGGAAGCAUUAGGUUCUUCUGCUGCUGCAUUGGUGGCGCCGCAAUGGAAAGUAUUCACCAGUGAAGAACUUAGAUCAAUCACAAAGAAUUUCAGCGAGGGAAACCGGCUUCCUGGUAAUGCAAAGACAGGAGGAACCUACAGUGGAAUCUUGCCGGAUGGGUCCAAAGUAGCAAUCAAGAGACUGAAGAGAUCCAGCCUACAAAGGAAAAAGGACUUCUACUCUGAGAUUCGGAGAGUCGCAAAGCUUUAUCAUCGUAAUUUGGUGGCUGUAAAAGGAUGUUGUUAUGACCAUGGUGAUCGGUUUAUUGUCUAUGAGUUUGUUGCAAAUGGUCCUUUGGAUGUGUGGCUGCAUCAUAUCCCUAGAGGUGGGCGGAGCCUUGAUUGGGCAAUGAGAAUGAGAGCUGCCACAACUCUUGCCCAGGGAAUAGCAUUUUUGCACGACAAGGUGAAGCCCCAGGUGGUGCACCGUGACAUUCGUGCAAGUAAUGUCUUGCUCGAUGAGGAAUUUGGCGCACAUCUGAUGGGGGUCGGCCUUUCCAAGUUUGUGCCAUGGGAAGUAAUGCAUGAAAGGACUGUCAAGGCUGCAUCCUACGGCUACCUUGCGCCUGAGUUCAUAUACAGGAACGAGCUGACAACAAAGAGCGACGUCUACAGCUUUGGCGUGCUGCUCCUAGAAAUUAUCAGCGGACGUCGCCCUGCACAGUCGGUUGAGUCUGUUGGGUGGCAGACCAUAUUUGAAUGGGCGACUCCUCUAGUCCAGUCACACCGCUAUCUUGAUCUGCUAGACCCACUCAUACAGGACUUGCCAGAUGUGGGGGUCGUCCAGAAGGUUGUCGAUCUUGUCUACUCCUGCACCCAGCAUGUCCCUUCGGUGCGCCCAAGGAUGUCGCAUGUUGUGCAUCAGCUACAGCAGCUUGAGAUGAAGUCUGCAGCUUCUGAGCAGCAGCUGAGGAGUGGGACAAGCACCAGUGCAACAUCUCCGAUGUUACCAUUGGAGGUCCGGACUCCUCGCUGAAAUCCGCUGCCAGAGAUCGAGAGCAUCUUCUGUAGUUCCAUCGUCAUUCAGCACUCAGUACUCAGUAGGUAGCACAUUCCCUGGAGUGUAUGGUGACCCAGGGGCAGAGGCCACCGUUAUCUGUAAUCAGUAGUUUAGUUCUGCCCCAAUGCUGAGGGAGUGAGGGGGCAAGUUGUACCCAUUUGUACUCAGGUUGACCUCUAAUCUGCUACAGAUUUUAAUGGUUGGCCUCUACAGUUUCGUUCUUUUAAUCUAGUGAGCAGAAACUGUAUGCCUGUACUCUGAAGAAGCUGCUCAUGUAUAUUUUGACAGCAGAGUAAAAAAGCUAAUUGCAGUAGUUUGCAAUA